AUCUGACAGAGUGAUGAAGCUAUUAGAAUUCCAUUGAAGCAAGCAAGUGGAGUCAAAGGAAGAGGGACAAGAGAGAAGCUAACACGAAAGAAACAACUGUGAAAGCAGAGAUGUCGGGUGGCGGAAACCUUAACCGCGUGUUGGUGUCGGUUGAUGGCAGCGAGGAGAGCAUGAAGGCGCUGCGUUGGGCGCUCAACAACCUCAAGCUCCGAUCUCCUACUUCCGACUCCACGGAUGCUCCUUCUUUCAUCAUCUUCCAUGUUCAAUCUCCGCCCUCCAUCGCCACUGGCCUCAAUCCCGGUGCCAUCCCUUUCGGUGGCCCCAGUGAUAUUGAAGUGCCCGCUUUCACGGCAGCCAUUGAAGCACAUCAAGAGCGCAUCACCCGUGCCGUUCUCGAUCACGCCCUCGGAAUUUGCUCUCAAUUCAACCUCGGCAGUCAAGUCAGAACACAUGUGGUAGUUGGAGAUCCAAAGGAGAAGAUUUGUGAAGCUGUGCAAGAUUUGCAUGCUGAUGUUCUUGUGAUGGGAUCUCGUGCAUUUGGCCCCAUUAAGAGGAUGUUCCUCGGGAGUGUGAGCAAUUACUGCGCCCACCAUGCUCCAUGUCCUGUCAUUAUUAUCAAGGAAAACGACAGUGUCAAUAAGAUAGACUGAUGCACCUCUACUAUGCUAUCGCAACUUUUGAUCAGUUGAGGGGGGGACUGGCUUGCUUUGCUAGACCAGUGUUUUACCUCAGCUUAGAUGCUUAUAUGUUGUUGCUGUGUACCUAUGCUGUUUAGAUCCUGCUACAAGUACGUGUUAUCACUUUUUGUGGACAAUGCUGCUGUUCGUGUAAAAUUCUUGCAGUUAAGAGUGCUUACAAUUGUGCUGUUUCAACUUCUAUUGUUGUCGCAAUUGUUUGAAAGAGAUAUUUGACUCCGGAAGGUUUGUAUUUGUUUUGAAUUUAUACAAUGUUAUACAUAAAUGUUGCAUUGCUAUUGCUCCUUUGUCAGAGUCAGUCUUGUUAUAAACCACAAACUGGCCAUUCAUCAUGUACAGAUUCUCAAAUUGAGAGUGCAGCUUGUGUCGGGCAACCUGCAGUGUCUUACUCUUGCAUUAUCGAUAUUGUCAUGCAAGAAUAAACAUUUAUGUGAUUUAUGAAAGAAAUUUAUAGUGCCAUGGUACUGGUUGAUUUA